AUGUUCCAGUCAAGGGGCUCUAUUUCUUCCGUCGAUUGCUUAGGGAUUCAAAAGGCCUCUCCGAAUCGGACCGCAAAAGUGGUUGAAUCUGGGCUAGGUCCGACGACGUCCCGAAGUAGUUUAGAAGGAGGAGUUCUGGGUCUGGAGAUGGUGGUGGCUUGGACGGCCUAUGUCAUUAUGCCAGUUAGUGCCAAAAAUAUUAGUACAACUGUUAGACUGUACAAAUUCAGUGCCAUCAACAGCAAAUUUUUGCAAGCCCUCUUUUUUCUCCGGCGACACCAACCUUAUCGCCGACAUCCUCGCCGCAAGCAACCGCCACGCAGCAGCCGCCAAGCAACAACGACCGCGAGCCCUCCUAGCCGCAGAACGUGCAUCGAGCCCUCAUCGUCGCCGUCCUCGAGAACUUCGUUGAGAACGUGCACGCCGCGGUCUACCGAGCCAUCCCUGCGGUCGUCAUCUCCAGGUAAGCGGUCCGAGAAUCGUUCCAUUCUCGUUCUCCAUGAAGUUGACGAGAGAGAUGAAGAAUAUCUUUUACGGUGGAUGAUUUUGGAUUGGAGUAUAUGUACAGUAUAUGACUUGCAUCCUCCCGAGCCAUUCCGCGGCUACUACGGCAUCCUGGCCGAUGUGAACUUUAGAAAACAUACACAAAUCACGCGCACAAAAAGAAGGAGAGGAAGUUCAAUUGAUAUGGUAAAUAUAUAA